AUGGUGGAUCAUUGGAGGACCGAGGGUAAUAGGAGUAUAGCUUCAAAAGUGGAUUUAAAUAAGUCUUUGAACCGUGGCACAAGUGGGAAUGGAAAUGGUAGUAUUAGCGGGUCCGAUCCGGGUAUAGCAGUUACUAGUGGGGCCAUAGGGUCCAAUAGAUCGUCAUCGUCAUCCUCUUCUUCGUCGCAGCCUUAUCAUAACUUACUUCAUAUGAGCAAUGGGUCUGGGACUAUUGGCACCACGAAUCCACAACAACGCCAGUUACGUUUAGACCAGUUACAGCAAUUUCAGCAGCGCCAGCGUCGUCAGCAGCAGCAACAGCAAGAGCAACAGCAGCAGCAACAACAGCAGCAUCAGAAGUAUCAGAGUGUGUUGAGUCAGUUGGCUCGUAAGCCCGUAGAGUUACAACGACAGAGUCUUUCGAGUGGAUCUCAGACACAACAAAGUCAGUCUGGUAUUCAGACCAACGGUCACGGGUUAAGUUCGAGUCAGAACCACAAUCAGAGCCUAAGUCAGAGUCGUAGUCAGAGCCUCAGUCAGAGUCGUAGUCAGAGCCUCGGUCAGAGUCGUAGUCAGAGUAUCAGUCAAGGACACAAUCAGAGCCAUAGUCAAGGUUCGACUAUUUCAAGUAUACCAUCGUCGUAUAACUUCCCACUGCGAGGACUGAGUGGUGGGUUGGAUAAACAGGUUCAGCCCGGACAGACAUUUUCGCAGACUCUGGCACAUUCACAAGCCCGAAGACUCAACAUGCCAGCGUCAGUAGCAAACCCUUUGGCUGCUUAUAAAGCGCGAAAGGACCAGGAACGGGUACGAGUGCUCGCCAAAUAUGACAUUGUCGGUUAUAUAGCCGCUGGUACGUAUGGACGAGUUUACAAAGCCAAUUCAAAGAACCUGAAAGAGAAUCGUGUGUGUGCUAUAAAGAAAUUUAAAGCAGAUAAAGAGGGUGAAGUUACACAUUACACUGGCAUUUCACAGUCGGCGUGUCGAGAAAUGGCUCUAUGUCGCGAACUUAAUCACAAGAACAUCACUAAACUGGUCGAGAUCAUUCUCGAAGAUAAAAGCAUUUAUAUGGUGUUUGAUUUUGCCGAACACGAUUUACUACAGAUUAUCCACUUUCACUGUCAUCCCGAACGUCGUGCUAUCCCCGAAUCAACUGUAAAAUCGGUGCUAUGGCAGCUAUUGAACGGGGUGUCGUAUCUGCAUCAGAACUGGGUUCUUCAUCGUGAUUUGAAACCUGCUAAUAUCAUGCUUACUAGUGAUGGCGUCGUCAAAAUCGGCGAUCUGGGUCUAGCAAGACUGUUUAAAGAACCAUUACAAUCACUGUGGGCUGGAGAUAAGGUGGUAGUGACCAUUUGGUACCGAGCUCCUGAACUGCUUUUUGGUGCUAGACACUAUACACCAGCAAUCGACCUGUGGGCUGUGGGAUGUGUAUUUGCCGAACUUCUCUCACUAAGACCCAUUUUCAAGGGUGAAGAAGCCAAAAUGGAUAAUAAACGAAAUGUACCAUUCCAACGAAAUCAAGUGCAAAAAGUAGUGGAGAUUCUUGGGACUCCUACUGUGGAAAAAUGGCCGGCCCUGUCAAAGUAUCCUGAAUACCACUCACUCCAGUCGAUGAAACCAUACUCUCCUAACUUAGAAUCAUGGUACCAUUCGACAGGCUGGACUAAUGCAAAGGGCUUUGAACUACUGUCUGAUCUUCUCGAGUACGAUCCCGCUAAACGCAUCACUGCCAACGACGCUCUACUGCAUCCUUACUUCACCGAAGCACCUCGAGUCUCGCAAAACGUGUUCGAAGGCCAGAACUUCGAGUACCCCUGCCGCAGGAUCUCCAGCGAAGAUAACGAUAUCAAAGCCAGCUCUUUUCCCGGCACAAAACGGACUGCUAUCGACGACAGCACCCAGGUCCGCAAGAAACAAAAGUAG